AUGGUGUAUGCUGCUGCCCAGUGUUGCACCUGCCGGGCCAAGAUCUCGUCGGCUGGUAGCUCUCCGCUCACCAAGAAGUUGAGGAUGGGCUGCGCCCAUGAUGGUGCUUCGACCACUGUCAGCACGGCCACUGGUACCAGGGCGGUUGGGUUGGGAGGCAGUGGGUUGGAGAUGGAUGCCGCUUGCUGCAUCGUUGAAGUCCUCGGGCCGACUGUUGCAGCCCCCGGGCCGAGUUCUGAAGUCCCUGGGCUGGGUGCGACUGUUGCAGUCCCCGAGCCACCUGGUGAAGUUCCCGGGCCGGCUGCUGCAGCCCCCAGGCCGGGUUCUGAAGUCCCCGGGCCGGGUGCGACUGUUGCAGUCCGCGAGCCGCCUGUCGAAGUCUCCGGGCCGGCUGCUGCAACCCCCGAGUUGGAUCCUACUGUUCUGGUAGCAGCCGGCAUGAAGAUGGACUCUGAUUCCGGCGAAGGCUUGAUAGACGGCUUGCGGAGGCACUAG